AUGGCUGGUUUCCGAUUGGUAGACACAAUCAAGCCCAUUCUGGCAAUCAUACCAGAGGUUGAGCUGCCUUAUGAAAAGGUGACGUUCGAUGACAAGGUGGUCUACACGCUGAUUGCUUCGCUGAUCUACCUUUUCGGGCAGUUUCCCCUGGCUGGUGUUUCCGCGGAGGCGGGCGCAGUGAAGGAUCCGCUAUUCUUCCUGCGGGGAGUUUUCGCGGCGGAGCCGCGGACGCUCAUGGAAUUUGGUUUGUUCCCACCAAUUGCAACUGCACUUAUCUUGCAGUUACUCGCAGGUUUGCGUGUGAUCAGGGUCAACUUCAAGCAGAGACAGGACAGAGAGCUAUUCCAAUCUCUGAUCAAGGUUUUAUCCGUCGUGCAGUAUGCAAUUUUGGCCAAUGUCUUCAUAUUUUCUGGGUACUACGGUGACAAUCUACCGCUCUCGGCAAUUGUGUUCUUGAACAUGCAAUUGAUUGGUGCUGGUUUAUUUACUACUCUUCUGGUGGAGGUGAUUGACAAGGGGUUCGGUUUUGGCUCCGGAUGCAUGUCUAUUGUCACUGUAGCCACUGCCACAAACCUGGUUACGGACACCCUAGGCCUUAACCAGAAAGUGAUUAACGGUGCUGAGGGAAUUACUGAGCCUCACGGUGCGUUGGUAAACCUGAUUACAGGUUUGUGGGCGCAGCACAAGACAUUCCUAGGCAGCAUUGUUAACGCAUUCCAGCGUGACUAUUUGCCAAACCUAACAACUGUUGUGAUUGUCUUUGCAUUGGCCAUCCUCGUCUGCUACUUGCAGAACUACCGGGUUGAACUUCCUGUCAGAUCUACAAAAGCUAGAGGCAUGAACAACAUGUAUCCUAUCCGUCUAAUGUACACUGCUGGUCUUUCGAUUUUGUUUUCAUACACUUUGCUCUUUUACAUUCAUGUGGCUGCAUUUGCAAUUAUACAGCUAGUUGGGAAAAAUGACCCUUCAAGCAGCAUAACUAAGUUGCUAGGCGGUUACACUAUUAGUGGGAGCCUGCACUAUACUCCGAACUUCCCUCUAUCGUUACUUGCUCCCCCUAGGUCAUUGUUGGAAGGUUUCACUAGACAGCCGCUAACUAUUGUCGUCUUCCCUCUAUUCCUCGCCAUGACCGGCACCUGGUUUGCGAAACGCUGGCAAGAUAUCUCUGGAUCUAGCGCACGCGACCUAGGUAACCAAUUCAAGGAGCAGGGCAUCACUCUUGUUGGGCGCAGAGAGCAGUCUGUCUCAAAGGAACUGGACAAGGUUAUUCCCGUGGCCACUGCAACUGGUGCAACCAUUUUGGCGAUCGUGGUUUCAGUUGGUGAGUUUUUAGGCCUCAAGGGCGCUGCUGCAAGUAUCGUAGUUGGGGUGCUUUCAGCAUUCUCCUUACUGGAAAUCAUCAGCAUGGACUUCCAACAAUGUGGUGGACAAAGCACAUUGGCUCAGGUGUUUGCAGGUAGCGGUUCAUUCUGA